AUGAAAGGGCAGAGACCGUUUAAGUUAAUUCGUUGUAAUAGCAGCAGUGGAAUGGGAAAUUGUGGGAGUAGUAGUAGUGGAGCGGACGACACCGUUUGGGAGUGCGUGAUCCCGUACGUGCAGGACCCGCGUGACCGGGACGCUGUGUCGCUUGUGUGCAAACGCUGGUACGAGAUCGACGCCUUGACCCGCAAGCAUGUGACAAUUGCGUUGUGUUACACGGCUACGCCGGAGCGGCUAUCGCGCCGCUUUCCUCACCUUGAGUCGCUCAAGCUCAAGGGAAAGCCCCGUGCUGCUAUGUUCAACCUUAUCCCCGAAGACUGGGGUGGAUAUGUUACUUCUUGGGUGGAGGAGAUCGACAAGUCUUUCGGUAGAAUGAAGACUUUACACUUCCGUAGGAUGAUUGUGACGGAUUCGGAUCUCGAGUUGCUUGCAAAGUCUCCGGCUGGAAAGGUUCUCGAAGUCUUGAAGCUCGAUAAGUGCUCGGGAUUUUCUACCGAUGGUCUCCUAAUUAUUGGCCGCCUGUGCAGGAAUUUAAAAACCUUGUUUAUGGAAGAGAGUACAAUGGAUGAGAAUGAUGGGGAAUGGCUGCACGAGCUUGCUUUGAACAAUACAGUUCUUGAAAAUGUGAACUUCUACAUGACAGAUCUUUCCAAAGUGAGAUCUGCAGAUCUUGAACUAAUGGCCAAAAAUUGUCCCUCUUUGACCUCAGUGAAGAUCAGUGACUGUGAUAUAUCAGAUCUGAUUGGUUUCUUUAAAGCAGCUAACGCACUGGAAGAGUUUGGUGGGGGUUCUUUUAAUGAGCCACCUGGACAGAUUGGUGAGGGUGUCUUUAAUGAGUUAUUAGGGAAGUAUUCUGCUGUAUCGUUUCCCCCGAGAUUAUGUUGCUUGGGCCUUACUUAUUUGGGGAAAGCAGAAAUGCCCCUCGUCUUCCCAAUUGCUGCUCGACUCAAAAAAUUGGAUCUCCUUUACGCUCUGCUUGACACAGAAGGUCACUGUGUCUUACUGGGAAGAUGCCCCAACUUGGAAACCCUCGAGACAAGGAAUGUUAUUGGAGAUAGAGGUUUGGAAGUUCUAGCUCAGCGUUGUAAGAAAAUGAAGCGACUUAGGAUUGAGCGAGGAGCUGAUGAACAAGAAAUGGAAGAUGUUGAGGGUAUAGUUUCCCAGAGAGGAUUAAUUGCUUUGGCUCAGGGAUGCCUUGAUCUGGAAUAUUUGGCUGUGUACGUUUCUGAUAUCACAAAUGAAUCUUUGGAAUGUAUUGGUACAUACUCAAAGAACAUGUGUGACUUUCGAUUGGUCUUGCUUGACCGUGAAGAAACAAUAACAGAUUUGCCACUUGACAAUGGAGUUCGAUCCUUACUAAUUGGUUGUGAUAAGCUUAGGAGGUUUGCCCUGUAUCUCCGCCCAGGAGGGUUGACAGAUUUGGGUCUGAGUUAUAUUGGGAGGUACAGCCCAAAAGUAAGAUGGAUGCUUCUGGGUUAUGUUGGGGAAUCUGAUAAUGGUCUUCUGGAGUUCUCCAAAGGCUGUCCUAGCCUGCAAAAGUUAGAAAUGAGGGGAUGUUGCUUUAGCGAACGUGCACUGGCUAUUGCCGCAAUUCAACUAACUUCCCUGAGGUAUUUGUGGGUGCAAGGAUAUAGGUCUGUGAAUCGUCUGGAUCUCUUAAAAAUGGUGCGGCCAAACUGGAAUAUUGAGUUGAUUCCUGUUAGACGAGUUUGUGUUCAAGAUGCAAAUGAACAAGUAAUUGUCGAGCAUCCAGCACAUAUACUAGCAUAUUAUUCCCUCGUUGGGCAAAGGACAGAUUUUCCAACUACAGUUAUGCCAUUGGACCCUAAUGCUCUUCUCGAUUGA